GACAUGUCCGCCCACCCCAGAAGACAAAGUACAUUCGCUGCAUUAGCACUGCAUACCCUCACCCCCCUAUAUAACCCGAUUACCACACUGAUUCCAUAGAUACAUUCAUUGGAUCGCCUCACUCCGUCGACAACAUACCAUAAUCGCAUUCCCCAAAUGCACGUACUCUCUGCGCGCUCUUUCACCCUAGCCUCACUCGGCCUGGCCAUCUGUGCUGCUGCUGUACCAGCGAACUGGCCAACCCUGACCAGUGCUCUUUCCCGAGCUGACCAGAUGUGGAGUACCGCCGAAGCCCAACUCUCCGACCAGCUCAUAUCUCUCAGUUCAGCCGAUACCCAUCUCAGCUCCCAGUUCAACUCGGCCCAGGCAGCGUUUAAUUCGCAGAUUAACGUGCAGAUUGGCUCGCAGAUCAGUGACUACCAGAGCGCUGUCUCCUCGAUUUCCAGCUACCUAGACUCGCUCUGCAACUCCAAGACACCCUCAUGGUUCUGCUUUGGUACUGGCCCUUGAGCAGAACUAGCUCCUUCUCAGUAGCCUAAGUCUCCUCAUUAUCGGAUAAAUUCCAGCCUAGACUCAACAACCUAUCCGCCUUUUGUGAUUCUCAUUUCUGGUUGUUCGGAGUAGCUACCGAAUGCGACGAUUCAUUCAGCGGCAGCUUGGCAUCCUAGUUGAUUAAUCAUCAUUUGCAUUUUGGCGUUUGCUCGCUGCUUUAAAUACACUUUUAUUU